UUCCUUCCCCUAAAAGGUUGUUUCGUAUUUUUGUCACUCGGUCCAAAUGCUAAUGUCGGCUCGCUCCGUGUGGCUGCAAACUUGUAAACAGUGGAUUUUCAGGGCCGAUCUGGCAGAAUGCCUAAGAAAAAGAAAAACGGAGUUCACAGUGCAGUGGCAGGAGAAAAUGUCAGCGCUCAGUCUAAUCCCUGGCUGAGCGGAGCAGCCGCACCGACUGGGUCCGGUUCGGGUUUACAGAACAAGGAUGAGGUCGUGAGGAGCAUGCACGACAUGUUUUCUCAUCUGGACCCUGAUGUCAUUUACAUCGUGCUUUCCGAGGCCGAUUUUAAAGUGGAAAAUGCUAUGGAUGCACUCCUGGAGUUGUCUGGUGCUGCUGAGGGGAAGACCACAACCUCUCCUUCGCCUUCAGGUUUUGAGAUGGCUGCUGCUCUACUGGAACAACGUCCAUCUCACACUCAACCAUCUACAAUGAGAUCAGUCAUACCAGCAGCGUCCGAUUACAAAGAAUCAUCUCAGGAGCUCAGCCCAGGAACAACUUGCCUAACUGAAGAGUUUGAUUCUCUCAUUGACCAGGAACUGGAAGCUUUAACAAUGCCCCAGCCUCUACCUUUCUCUAUUACUCCUUCUACUGUUCCUCUACCUACUGAGUCGGUUCCCUGUUCCUCCGGUGUGCCACCGAGUCCCCUUCUAGCUCAAGAAGCUUUGCAAGAGCUUGAUCAGCUAGAUGUGGAAAGUUCCACAUUUGGGUCUUUAAGCGAGCAGAGUUCCGAAUCUCCUACCAAGAUUGGUGGUGCUAAAAAAAAUGCUUCACCAAUAAAUGAGCUCAGUUUGGGGGGUGCAUCUUUGCCCCAGGAGAGUGACAUCUCUGUUGAUUUUAGUCACUUGACACAUGAUUCCAGCUCUGCAGCCCCAAGACCUUCAGCUUUUAAGGCCUACCGCAGACCUGAGCAGCUUCCGAAGCAAAUAUCAACACCUGUCCCACAUUCUCAAAGUCUCCACAAGUUUUGGAAUAUUCAAACUCCAGAGUUCAAGCGCUGGAUGGACGAACCAGCUUUUAUCACACCUGUUGUGCAACCCCCUAACCCCUGGACAACAAAUCCCACUUCCAUGACUCAAUGGAUGCUUUCCAGGCCUGUUGGUCAAGCUCCUCUGAAGCCCUCAGCUACUGUUCCCAAGUCAUGGAUGCCUUCUCCUCAGAGUCGACUCAGAUUGGAGGGGCAGGUACUGGUCCUACUCAGAGGGGCUCCCGGAUCAGGCAAAAGUACACUUGCCAGUGCAAUGUUGGAACAAAACCCAGGUGGAGUAGUCUUGAGUACUGAUGAGUACUUCACCUACGAUGGAGUGUACCAUUUUGAGCCACACUUACUUGGAGAGGCCCAUGCAUGGAACCAUCAGAGAGCAAAAGAAGCGUUUGAGAAAGGUCUUACCCCUAUAAUUAUAGACAACACCAAUUUGCAGUGCUGGGAGAUGAAGCCCUAUGUUGCACUGGCGCAGAACCACAAAUACAGAGUGUUGUUCCGUGAGCCCAACACGUGGUGGAAAACCAAACCCAGGGAACUGGAGAAACGUACUAAACAUGGAGUGACUAAGGAAAAGAUUCGCCGUAUGCUGGAGAACCAAGAUCGUUAUGUAUCUGUCCAGAAUAUAAUGGCUUCACAGCAUAAACCCACAGCCAUCUAUGGUGUGGAUGUGUGUCAGACACACCCAACAGAGCAUCCUUUAGCAAGCCGUCCUGACUUGGUGGGUGACUCUGGGUUUGGUAAACCUGGUAGCUAUCUCUCCUCCUCUCUGCCUGAUGUUUCAUCAGUUGAUUCUAAACAUAGUUCUACUUUAGCAAACAUGGGUGCAGCAGAAAGCAACCUUGGAUCACAUGGUUCCAAGGAAUAUGUGUCCUCUCAGGAAAAUGUUACAGAACUGAUGGAAGCACCACAGGCUGAGCUGCUAGAUGGAGCAGACUUGGACUGGGAACUGGAUGCCUGUAUGGUACUUUCUGGACAGAAUGACUGCAACAUGAAUGAAGAUCUUGGUCUGUUAGAAGCGAGGAUCUUGGAAAAGCCUGUGAUGAUUGCAGAUUCGAUUGGUCAGCGAGUAAAGAGAGCAAGGGACGAGAUCAGACUUGCAGAUGGAGAUGCUAGCACUCUUAAUUGUGACUGUAGUGAUUCUGUAAGGAACGCAAGUCAGGAUGAUUCCGUGGAUGAUUACACUGGUGAUGCUGUUAAAUUGAAUACAGAACAGCUUGAAUUUUUGGGUGAUUGGCCCUCUGAAAGCCUUGAACAGCGUGGGCAGUGGAGUUGGAAGUCAGCAUUUCAGACAGUGAAAAACCCAAAUGAGGAACUGUCAAACACUGAAGAAGACACAAUUAAAUCUGACAGUAAAUUUGUCGGAUGUUUUAAUUCUGACCCUUCAAAUAUGACCGACUUCCAGAACCUUUCUGAUCUUUUACAAAGAGACAAUAACCAAAUUACUCAAGAACCAGCUCAGGACUUCCUACCAUUAGGUGGUGAUGGGCAUUACUCAAGUUUGGAGACGACGGUCCAGCCACUAUUCCCUGACUGUGUCCUUGACUGGAAGUCGGAAAGAUCCAGUGAUCCAGGAAAAGGCAACUCUCAUACUUCAAGCCCCAUCAAAGAACUUGAAGUCAGUCAGGAUGAAUCUUCCAAAAGGGGUACAGAAGAGGCAUGUACAGAUGUACAUACUCAAGCAGAUGGAGUAAUGGGUCUGGAGAUGGGUUCAGAGCAGAAAGAUAAACCAAACCAUAACACUUGCCUGUCCCUAAACUCAGGACGCCAGGUGGAGUAUAGUUCUGAAUCCAGCCAGGAGAGAAGGAAAGUUCCCAGUCGGAGGGCAGGAAAAUCCUGUAAACUGGCACUUACAUUCACGCAUCAAAGCACUUCAUCUUGUCCUCAUGCUGGGUCUCCAGUCACCUCACUGCAGCAGUCAGAGCUGAAUCCUUCACCUGAACCGCUUUUCACAACAUGCCCUAGUGCCUUUGCCCAAACGCAACCUCAGGACGUUGCACUGCUAUGGCGAAUUGAGCAGAAAUGUUCUGAGUCAGACAGCUCAACCAGGGGAAUGGUUAUUCUGGAGGGAAACUCUUUGCGUUUUGUUCCAAAAAUAAAUGAAGAGAAAUCUUCUGAGAACCAAGUGAUACCAUAUCGUGUGUGUCACGAGAAAGGCUCACAGGUAGAGGAGAAUAACUUUGGAGAAUUACCCUUCAAAAACCACAGCCUGGAAAUACUUCGCCGCCAUUUUAAACAUGUUCCCAAGGAGACUUUGGAGGACUUGUAUGAAAAGUGUCACCAGGAUAUGGAUUGGACCACCAAUUUGCUACUUGAUUCAGGUGAACAUCUUUGUAGAGAUGAUGAGGAAAGUGUUUUUGAUCAUCAAGAUGCGGAAGGAUCUGCUUUAGUUCCAGGUGCUAAGGAAGAAUCUUGUGAUUGUCCGGUGACGGGGGAGUUGUUUGAGCCACAAAUUAACUGCACAAGAGACACAGUAAUAGAAGAGACUGGCAGUAAUUGCUGUGAAAACCCUGCUCUUAUAGUACCAGAUAACACCAGCUCAACUGUGAGCAUUGUUGAGGGGGAAUCUGAGGACAGUAAUGACCAGAGCAUCAAACUUUUAGCACAUCAACCUGAAGAGCCAGAUCAAAGGGAACCACUUGAGUGUGUGCCUGGACCUUCCAUUGUAACACAUCCCAAUGAACUUGUUGGAGGGAAUAAAGCUCUAAAGGAUUCCUUACAGCCAGAGUUGGAAAGUGAAGUCUCACAAAUUGAGGUAUUUGAGAAGUAUCUUGAUGGAGGACUUAAGGAUGAUGUAGAAGAAAACAGCGAGACAGAAGAAGUAGUAAACUCCAUAAUGCUUGCACAGCUUGAAGAGAUGGAGCACAAGAAGGAGGGACAAAGAAAAGAAAGCGAAAAAGAGAGAAGGGGGCAGAAGAAAAAUGGGCCAAUGAACAUUCUGACACUGGAGAUGAAACUAACCACAGAACUUGCCCUGCAGCUCACGGAGUUAUUUGGGCCUGUAGGGAUUUCUCCAGGUGAGUUUUCCCCAGAAAACUGCUCAGUGCUGAUGGACCUAAACUUAGCCAAACUGCUGCAUCAGAAGUGGAAAGAAACAAUACAGGAGAAGCACAGACAAGCAGCUCUUUCAUAUCAUCUACUGCAAGAAAGUUCUGUACACUGGGGUGAGUCACAGCCAGCUGCAGUUGAGUUCGGGGACUCAGCUGCUCACUUUCUGAUUGGCUCAGAUGGUUAUUCGUCACUCAGCAACCAAUCAGGUGUCCAAGGAGGUUUUCCAUUCAUGGACCAUUGGCAUGUGUCCCGCCCUCCAGUUUCUCUCCGAGACAUCAUGUUUGAAGAGCAGGUGCUACAGGAUAGUUUAGAGAAGUCUAGGUUAAGUUGCUGGGAUUUGGACAAGAAAGAUGCAGCAGCCAUAGUAAAGGAGAAACAGCUCUUUGCUCUCUUCCCCACCAUUGACAGGCACUUCCUCAAGGACAUCUUCAGAGACCACAAUUACUCUCUGGAGCAAACGGAGCAGUUUCUGCGCACUCUGUUGGACGACGAGCCUGUGAAAACCGUAGUAGCAUCAGAAUCUGUUCCGGAAAAUAAUGAAAAGAGUAGAGUACCUAGCAAAGAGAGGAAGCAGAAGAACGAACAGCCAGAAGACUCCAUACAGUUCCAGGACAUAGAAGAUCCAGAAUAUGAGGACUUUCGUACAGAAGCUACGCUCCAGAGACGACGCCAGCAGGAGUGUUUUAAUAAAGCUGCCGAAGCCUACAGACAGGGGCUCAAGGACGUGGCCAGCUUCUACGCUCAACAGGGUCAUUUACAUGGGCAGAAGAUGAAGGAAGCGAAUUAUCGAGCAGCAAUGCAAAUAUUUGUCCGUGUUAACUCUACACUUCUGCCUCAGAAUGUUCUGGAUCUGCAUGGACUGCAUGUCAGUGAGGCUCUGUAUCAUUUGCAGCAGGUUCUUGCUAAUAAAACUUCAGAAUGGCAGCAGGGCUUGUGCCGUCCCCAGCUGUCAGUCAUCACAGGGAGAGGCAACCGUAGCCAAGGAGGUGUGGCUCGCAUCAGGCCUGCUGUUCUCGACUACCUCAAGAGCCAAAAUUACAAGUAUACAGAGCCGAAGCUGGGUUUGGUGAUCGUCAUGUUGCAUUGAGCUGAUUAUUAGCUGCUGCUGCUGCUGUGAAAUGACAAGAACUUUCUUUCUUCCCACACAUCUCAAUACAGCAUACACUUCCUUUGUUUCUCGCUUUGGCUCUCACAGUUGACCUUAUUUUCAUUCAGUUUAUUGGCUCUUUAAGUUGCGCUCUCGAACUCUCUUGCUCAUUCUCUCCUGCUUUCUGUCUGAGGUAUACAUCGUACUGUAAAUAUCGUAAAAAAAAAAUUGGUUCUUAAAUCUGUGUAGGAAAUGUGCAUUUAAUACAUAUUUGAUUCUAUCAUCUAUUAAGUCGAAUUAAUGCUCAUGCCCGCUUGUGUGUGAAGAGAAACCACUGAGCAAUAAUUAUCUGUCCAGUAGUUACUGGUAUUAAGCAGGUAAUACUUUUAUUGUGAUGCUUUUGUAAAUCAUUCUUAUUCUGAACAAUAAGACAAAAUUACCGAAUUUUACUUUUCCUGUUUAAAUAUGACUAAUAUCAUGGUCAUUUCAUAUCAGUCAAAUACUUGUGGACCAAUUCUGUAAAAUCAAACUGUUUGGUUUCAGUUUUAUUUAAAUAUUUUCUACAGUUCACACUUUUGAAAGAUUGGUUGUGUGUGUGUGUGUGUGUGUGUGUGUGUGUGUGUGUGUGUGUGUGUGUGUGUGUGUGUACACUUGUACUUGCUACAUAUUGAGGACCAGAGCAUGUUUUUGCCAACAGUGUUUGGGCAUUUUUGGGAAGUGAGGACAUUUUGGUUGGUCCUCACUUCUUCAAUUUGAGGUUUAAGACUUAGUUUUAGGGUUCAGGUUAGGGUGAGGGUAAGGAGUAAGGUUUGGGUUAGACAUUUAGUUGUGAUGUUUUGGUUGUUUUUGGGGGGUGGGGGGAGGAGAAAGAUUGUCAGCGAGAGUCCCCACAAUGAUAGAAGUGCGCAUGUGUGUGUGUGUGUGUGUGAGAUCUUGUAUUAACUGACUUCUUGUAUUAUACUUAUUUUAGUGUGUAAUCUUAAUGCUGUAUCAUUCACUGUCAGCUUUAGUCCUUCACCUGUUCCCCCUCCCCGAGAUAAAACAUUCAAUAAUUCCUCAGAGAUAAUUAUUGGAAUCUGAUUGGACAGCAAGCUCGCAAACAAGUAUACUUACAAACAGAUGCUGAUCAGAGAUCACCUCUCAAAAGCUACCGGACGUGUAGAUAAACAAAUAUUAUGAAAAACCAAGCUGAUGAUGGUUUUUGGAUGCGUUAUGAAUACGUGUCCUUGUCAAAUACCAUUUUGCAGCUGUUGUGGUUUUAUUGCAAAUCUCAUUUUAUAUUUUGUAACGUUGCUAUUCCUAAUGAUACUUGUCAUUACUUUUCAGAUUUGUAUAUUUUGAAGAAUAAAAUCUGUUUUUGUUUA